CAUAACCCCACCACCGCCAUCACCCAAAAUGCGUCUCUACACCUCCGACCUCCUCCACAGCGCGACGCGCACCCUCCGCAGCGGCCAAACCUCGCUCAUCCGUAUCCGCCGGAUCACCCCCGCAUUCUACACAACAAGCACUUCCUCUUCAACAAUCGAAGUAGCCGGCAAAUCCUACCCGCGCGAUGAAUGGACGAACCUACCCCCCCACAUCGCCUCGUGCAUCAAUCGCAACCUCCACCUGUCCCCCACACACCCGAUCUCCAUCACCCGUGCCCUCGUAGAACGGCAAUUCCAGCCGCCAAACUACAAGCCGUUCAACAACCUCUCCCCGGUCGUGUCAGUGCAGCAGAAUUUCGAUUCCCUCGGGUUCCCCGCCGACCACCCGGGCCGCAGCAGGACGGAUACGUACUACAUCAACCGUGAGACAGUGCUGCGCACACAUACGUCCGCGCACCAGGCGGACAGCUUUUCUGCGGGCGAAGAGGGGUUUACCAUCAGCGCGGAUGUGUACCGGCGUGAUGCAAUCGACCGAAGCCAUUACCCUGUGUUCCACCAGAUGGAGGGAGCGCGGAUGUGGUCGCGCAAGGACGGGGACGUGGCAAAGAUGGUCAGGGAGGAUAUCGAGCGGCUACCGAAGCAUAAUCUAAAAGUGGAGGAUAGCGGGCCGGUUUUCCAUGCGGGAAAUCCGCUCCAAUCUGAGCAUAGCGCAGAGGAGGCUGUGGCUAUUGCGACGCAUUUGAAGAGAUCGCUUGAGGGGGUGGUCGUAGAGGUGUUUGGGCAGGCGAAGAGGGCGGCGAUUGCGGCUGGUGAGGCGAAGGAAGAUGAUGAGCCACUAAGGGUUAGAUGGAUCGAGGCGUACUUCCCGUUUACCAGUCCUUCGUGGGAGCUGGAGGUUUUCUGGCAAGGAGACUGGCUGGAGCUCUUGGGCUGCGGUGUGGUGCAGCAGAGUAUUUCUAACAAUGCUGGCGUCCCCGACAAGAUUGGUUGGGCCUUCGGUAUGGGUCUUGAGCGAGUCGCAAUGCUGCUCUUCGGAAUCCCGGACAUUCGACUCUUCUGGUCCACCGAUGCACGCUUCUUGAGCCAGUUCAAGGAGGGGCAGAUCUCAAAGUUCGUGCCGUUCUCAAAGCACCCACCCUGCUACAAGGAUGUUGCGUUUUGGCUCAAAACUUCCUCGAGUGCUGCUGGUGGGUCGGGAUCGACUUCGCAGUUUCAUGAGAACGACAUGAUGGAGAUUGUCAGAGAUGUUGCGGGUGAUUUGGCGGAGGAUGUUAGGAUUGUGGACGAAUUCGUGCAUCCCAAGACUGGCAGGAAGUCGCUGUGCUUCCGGAUCAACUACAGAUCGCUGGAAAAGACCCUUACCAAUGAGGAGACCAAUACGCUGCACGAGACAGUACGCAAGGCACUGACCGAAAGAUACGGCGUCGAGCUUCGAUAGAACUCCUACAAUUCUCAGUAAACCUGUACUAUAUCCCUAAAGUGUAUAAAAGUUCCAUCUUCGUUCAUCAUUGGUCCGAGCAUAGUAGAGAUCA